AUGAAGGCUCUGUUCCUCCCCUCUCAUUAUUUCCGUCGCAAAGCCAAGCAGAAACAACGCCAACAGCAGGAUCAAGCAUACUUUUCUUCAAGCAUUUUUUCAUACCUCUUCGGCAGGGAUUCAGGACCUGGACCUAGGUAUCAGACUCUUUCUUCAGGGGAAGCGAAUAUGGCGGCCAAACCGACGAUAUGGCAGGAUAUAGUCCAGUAUCGGAGGGCGUAUAUCCUCACGGCCGUGGCGUCUUUUGGUGGGAUGUUGUUUGGGUGGGAUACUGGUCUCAUCGGGGGAGUUUUGACGAUGAAGUCCUUCCAGGACAGUUUCGGUUUAGAUGCCAGUACGCAUGAAUUCGCAAACCUAUCUGGAAACAUUGUAUCGGUUCUGCAAGCAGGAUGCUUCUUUGGAGCCAUGUCGAGUUUCUAUGUCUCGGAUACUUUUGGACGCAAGAAAGCUCUCAUCAUCGCGGAUAUCAUCUUCAUCAUUGGGAGUAUCGUGCAGACCUGUGCUGGAUUGGGUACAACUUCUUUGACUGAGUUGUACGUUGGUCGGGUUAUUGGUGGAUUUGGAGUUGGACUCAUCUCUGCUGUGGUACCGACGUACAUUGGAGAGAAUGCCAACAAAGAGAUCAGAGGGCGCUGCAUCGGAUGUAUGCAGCUGUUCAAUGUGACCGGUAUCAUGCUUUCGUAUUUUGUGAACUAUGGUGUGAACAAGAGCGUAUCAGACACCUCAAGCAAGCAAUGGCGGAUCCCGUUUGCGCUACAGAUGCUGCCCGGAGCGCUUCUGCUGAUCGGCUUGGUCUUCCAGAACGAGAGUCCACGAUGGCUCGUCGAGAAGAACAAGAUUUCGGAAGCUCGCAAGGCUCUCUCUCACGUCCGCGCCAAAGAUCCCUCAGACGAAGACGUCUCCCGCGAACUCGAAGAAAUCGUCGAAGACUUCCUAGGACAUGAAAAGAUGCCUCUGAUCGCACAAGUCAAGGUCACUUGCAGCAAUGGCAAAACCUUCUAUACCUUUGCCAUGGCCGUGAUGUUGAUGUUCUGGCAGCAGUGGACGGGAACCAAUUCCAUCAAUUACUACUCUCCACAGAUCUUCAAGGCCGUAGGUCUGGAAGGAACCAGCGCUGGCCUCUUUGCCACGGGGAUUUAUGGGGUUGUGAAGGUAGUCAUCACUGCCCUUGGCCUCAUGUUCGCCACGGAACAGCUCGGCCGGAAAUGGUCCCUUAUCAUAGGAGGCAUCGGCCAGGCGUUUGCCAUGUUUUACAUUGGAGUCAAUCAAGCUGUGAACCCCGUGGCUCCUGGAUCCUCCUUGAACGGCAACUCCAUCUUCGCGAUCAUCUGCGUCUACCUCUUCGUGGUCUUUUACUCUUUUGGCUGGGGUCCGAUUCCAUUUGUGCUCUCUGCCGAGUGUGCUCCAAAUCACGUCCGCUCCCUCAUCAUGGCCGCAGCUCUCAUGACACAAUGGCUUUUCAACUUUGUCAUUGCGAAGCUCACGCCGAUCAUGCUCGCGGAUAUCACAUAUGGAACAUUUCUGCUUUUCGGAGCUUGUUGCUUGAUGAUGGUGGUGUAUACUGUAUUUUKUGUGCCUGAGACAAAGGGUGUCCCGCUGGAGAGCAUUCACGUCUUGUUUGAGGGAAGCAUUAUCAAGGGAGCGAUCAGGGAUACGAUCCCCAAGUAUUCGCGGGCGAGGCUGUUGCAGAACGGACAUGGCGAUGAUGAUGGUGAUGAGAGAGAUGAUGUUGUUGGGAAGGAUGUCGAUGAGCAUGUGGAGCAUCGGGAAAGGUAUGAUGGGAAGGCCAAGGAUGUCGCGUAUGGGAUGAAUAAUGCUGGAGCUGCGUGA